AGGAGGAUCUCACGUCACUCACACGUCACACGUCCAUCUGGUGAUUAUGGACCGUACGUCAACGUCAUACUGGAGUUUUUACAAAGCAUCCCCAAAAAGAUGCUGAGGAUGAUUUCCCAGGUGUCCCUGUCGAGGGCGCUGUGCUACCUGCUGUUACUGCCAGGUUUGCUCGAAGCAACAUCACUGGUGAAAGUUAAGAAUCCUGGAGGGAGUUCGGUCAGCAUCGACUCUGCUCAGGCUCACGAUUUCCUGACUAACUCUCGACCCAAGAGGAGCGCUGACCCAAAAUGGUAUCGAGGCAAUCCUGAUUUCCAGUCCUACUACCGCUUCUAUAACAGUAUUGGACACAUUGAAGGAAUCUAUGAGAUCGACAAGAUCAGGAUGUUGUAUCAGCAGAUGCGUCACUUGGAGCUGACCUAUGGCCCGGAUGCCUCCAGUUACCAAAGUGUCCUGGGUGUGCUGACUACCACAGCAGCCCCGACUACCACCACCCAGCCUCCUCCACCUCCCACCACGCCUGCUCCGACACCAGACCCCCUGGAGAACGCCCAGAGGAUCUAUCUGUGUCACCCCAAAGAUCCUCUGUGCAAACCUCAGAUCGUCUAUCUGCCAACAGGCGCUGUUCCAGUGCUGUGUGACCCACGAUACAACCCCGCCUGCCGGCCCAAAACAGAGGAGGAGAUAAAAGCUGCUGCUCCUCCCCCACCACCACCACCACCUCCUGCUCCUAAAAAGUCUGCCCCACCACCUCCCCCUCCUGCCGUCACUGCUAAAGCUAUGGAGUAUGACUGCGACCCAUACUGGGACCCCGACUGCCUCAUCGAUCACCCUCCCCGCCCGGUCAAGGAGACGCCUGCACCGGAGGCACCUGCGGAAGAGAAAGUGGUGAAAGAGGAAAGUGUCCCCGCAGCAGCAGCCCCCCAGAAACCCCUCUACCCUUACUUUGACCCUUAUGAUUUCAAACGUGACCUCUAUGACCCCUCUCAGUAUGCCAACCCAGCUCCCGAAGAGUAAGUCAGACUGCAAAACAAAAACCCCGAGAGCGUACCAAGGCAGGACUGUGAGCAACUCCACGUCAAAAAACAAAAAAGAAAAAAACGUCAAAACGUGCAAAAUCAUCAAAUGUUUUUCAGGACGGACAUGAAAACCGCUCGUUCUUCUCUGUUUGUUUGUACGAGUGGUUAUGAUGCACAAUAAACACCUUUUGCAUGGAACAGAAACAAUAAAAGAUGAUUAUGGUAUCAA